AUUAUACUACAUAAUUCAAGAUAUUCUAUGAAAUUUAUUUUUUAAUUUCUUUAUUGAAAUAUAUAAUAUAGAUUAUAAUAAAAUCCAAAAUAAAUUCAGUAAUAAUAUAUAUAUAUAUUUCAUUAAGUAAUAAAUAACUUUAUUUUUCUUUAUUAAAAAAUUGAAUAAAAGAAAAAUGGCAAGAGAACCGGAUGAAGAGCUAAGAAAAGCAUUCUCGCAAUUACACGAGAAAAUGAUUGAUACCACGCAAAAAUUGAAGUUAGCAGAUUUACAAAUUGAAAAAUUAAAACGAUCAAAACAAUUCGCUGAACUAACAAUGAAGGAAAUAACCUCAUAUCCAGAAAACACUAAAGCAUAUGAAUCAGUUGGCAGAAUGUUUCUUUUAGACAACAUGGAUAGUAUAAAAAUUGGUCUCGAGAAACGAAUGAAAAAUGCUGAUGAAAAAGUGAAAAAUUUAGAAAAUAAUAAAACGUACUUGCAACAAAACUUAAAAGAAUGUGAAAACAACAUAAGAGAAAUGAUACAACAGAGACAAAAUAAAGAUACCUCUGGUUAAAUUUUGUAUCUUUCUAUUAUCGUUGCUGCCGUAUUAUUUACGUUAAAAAUGUUGUAUUUUUUUUCAUCAUCUUAUUCACUAUAUUAUUAUAUUGUUAUUUAUACAUAAAAUAAUGUUAAUUUACAACGCAUUAUAAUAAAAUCACAAUUUCAAAUUUACAAUAAUUGUAAUUGUUUCAUAGUAUUUAUAUUCUAUUCUAUAAUAUUUUUUAUUUAUUAUAUAUUAUAUAUAAUCAAUAAAGUCUUAUUAUAAAUUGUAAUUGUUUGCGAAAUUUAAAACCUAUUAAAAACAUUGAGUACAAA